AUGACGGCCAAUUUGGCUGGCGUCAUUCAGAAUUCGCAGCAACAAACGCUACAGCCACCUCCCCCACCUCUAGCAGGAAUAGAAAUCCCUCCACCACCUCCACCAGUGAUUCUAAGACAGGAAGGUGAACCAAAUGUAAGGGAGUUCCUCAAACUGAAGCCCCCAACCUUUAGUGGAGGGAUGGAUGCCAGAAUUGUCAAAUCUUGGAUUUCAGCUCUUGAAAAGAUCUUUAAGGUAAUGCGCUGCAAUGAUCAACAAAAGGUGGUGUUGGCAGCCUAUCAGUUGCAAGGCGAAGCAGAACGAUGGUGGGAAAUAAUUGAGCCUCAGAAUCGAAGAAUCAACUGGAGGCAGUUUCUCGAGUUGUUCAAAGGAAAAUAUCUCCCUCAAUCGGUCCAAGAUGCGAAGUCUACAGAGUUUCAACAAUUGAAGCAACGUGGAUUUAUGUCGGUAGCCGCAUAUGAAGCCGAAUUUACUAAUCUCGUUGAGUAUGCGCCGCACAUAGUCGCUGAUGAAAAUAAGAAGGCUCGAAAGUUUGAGGAUGGAUUGAAGUACGAAAUUAGGAAAGUUGUGCGACCAAUGAGGCUGCCAACGUAUGCUGAUGUGGUGGAUCGAGCUCUAUCGGUGGAACAAGAGAUUGAAGAAUCAAGGAGAUUCACUAAGAAUCGUAAAAGACAAAAUUUUGGCAUUAGAAACAAGAAUGGAGGAGGAGCAAACAAGAAACAAAACACCGAACCAACGAAGAAUAAUAGACAAGGUGGAAAUCAUAUAGCACCAAAGUGUCGAACCUGUGGAAGAGAACAUUUUAGAGCCUGUCGUGUAAACAUCACUUGUUAUGCUUGUAGCCGCUAG